AUGGACGAGAACCGAGAUUUCGAAAAAGGCGCUAUAGUACAGAAGAGUCUGGAGAAUGAUACGCAGCAACCACACGAUGACAUUUACAAUGUCCGGCCUUGGAAUACUCCUUUGGAUAGACUCCAGAGUGCAGUAAGCACACUGGGUGAGGCAGAUGAGGAUCCCGGGCUACGCAGGCCGGGAGAUUACAAACAACCUCAGGUGUUCGGAGGAAGGAUGCUUCUCUGGCUCGCCUAUCAAUCGAUUGGUGUUAUAUACGGUGACAUUGGUACCAGUCCUCUUUAUGUUUACUCGUCAACAUUCAGUGAGCCACCGUCCCGGCAAGACCUCAUCGGGGUCCUCUCCAUAAUUAUCUGGAGCUUGUUCAUGAUGGUGACGGUCAAGUAUGUCUUGGUUAUUCUUCGAGCAGAUAAUGAUGGCGAAGGAGGCACAUUUAGCACAUAUUCCUUGCUGAGUCGUUAUAUGAACAUUACCCACCGUGACCCAAGAGAGGCUUCUCUUGUCCAAAUGAAAAGGCACUUGACAGAUGAACUUGAACUAACAAGCAGGCAUGUGCGCCAUCGACUUGAGUCAAGCAGCGUUGCAAAACGCCUCCUCAAAGUCAUGGGAGUAUUGGCAGUUACCAUGGUCAUUGCAGAUGGCCUCCUUACACCAGCUCAAUCGGUGCUAGGUGCCGUCCAAGGGAUUGAAGUAGUAUCGCCCAACAUUUCGAAAGGCACCAUUAUAGGAGUUACCGAUGCUAUUCUGAUAGUUCUGUUUCUAAUUCAGCCGCUUGGCAUUACCAAGCUUACAUUUGCUUUUGCGCCCAUUGUCAUCAUAUGGCUCGGCUUCAACGCUGCUUUUGGCAUAUACAACCUUGCAAAUUACGACGCCGGUGUCUUCAUAGCAUUCAACCCUGGGCAUGCCUUCAGUUUCCUGGCCCGGCAUGGCGAGGAGGGUUGGAGGAUGCUUAGUGGAACGUUACUCGCUUUCACUGGUGUUGAGGCUCUCUUCGCAGACAUUGGAGCCUUUAGCAGAAGAGCCAUACAGAUCAGCUGGCUAGGCUGCGCCUUUCCAUGCUUACUCUUGGCUUAUAUCGGACAAGCAGCCUAUAUUAGUGUACAUCCGGAAGCAUAUUCGAAUCCAUUUUUUAAAGCUGCACCACCGGGCACUAUCUAUCCUGCGUUAGUUAUUGCAAUCCUAGCUGCUGUCGUUGCCUCUCAGGCCAUUAUAACGGCAACCUUUCAGCUCCUCACGCAAGUGAUGAAACUGUCAUACUUUCCGCAAAUCAAAGUCAUCCAUACCUCUGACAUCUUUCAUGGCCAGCUUUACAUUCCGAUAGCGAAUUGGCUUCUUAUGGUUGGUACAAUACUUAUAGCUUCCAUCUACAACAACACGACAUCUCUGGGUAAUGCAUACGGUGUCUGCGUCAUGUUUGUCACGUUUUUCGAUACAUGCAUGGUCUCGUUAGCGGCUAUGUUUGUGUGGCGUAUUAGUCCAUUUAUCGUGCUAUUGCCCUGGCUCAUAAUUGCCUGUCUGGACGGUGCUUAUCUCUCUUCUGUUCUCAUGAAAGUCCCCACUGGUGCCUGGUUCACCCUCGCACUUGCUACAGUGUUAGCCAUCCUAUUUCUCAUAUGGAGAUUUGGAAAAGAACAGCAAUGGUUUGCCGAGGCUGAAGAUCGCUUUCCCACCUCACACUUUGUCUCCAAAGAUCCAGAUGGACAAAUACGCCUCACGGAUAGAUAUGGAGGUAACCCCCUGAGUAUAGCAAAAGGCCUCGGGAUCUUUUUUGACAAAGCAGGGGAGACCACCCCAAUCGUGUUCAGUCAGUUUAUUCUGAAGCUUACUACCAUGCCUGCUGUGAUAAUCUUCUUUCAUCUACGCCCGAUCGAGACACCGUCAGUGCUAGCUGAAGAUCGCUAUACUGUUUCCAGACUUGCAAUUCCUAAUUGCUACCGUCUUGUUGUUCGCUAUGGCUACAAUGACGAGAUCAUCACACCUGAUUUGGCAAGCACCAUCACUCAGCAGGUCCGCAGGUACUUGACUGCGAGAGCUUGUGAUCAAGCCGAUCCAUCCACGUGCACACCUGACACAAUCACAAACAAGAGUCAUGCUAGCUCUGUACAGCGGUCUACAACAUCUGCAACAGGGGAGUCUUCCACAGUGGACGGAGGGCGAUAUGAUACCUCCUUGGCAAAUCUCGAAGACGCGUACAGCCAUGGGGUCAUUUAUAUCACCGGUAAGGAGCAGAUGAGGAUCAAGAAGAGUAAGAAUUACUUUCGGAGAAUAGUCUUAUGGAUCUUUUUGUGGAUCCGUGAAAAUACAAGGGCGAAAAUUGCAUCUCUUGGACUAGAAACGGAUAAGGUUAUUGAAGUUGGCUUUCUCAAAGAUAUAUAG